AUGGUUACCAAAAAAAAAGCACGAAAAAAUGAAGAUUUCAAGAAAGUCAAGCUGAAGGUUGGAAAGAAGUUGAAAAAAACAACUACCACCGAUACAACCAUCAAAGCCAAACGAGUAGUUUUGGCCAGUCAAUUAGAAGAAAAAGUAGAAACUGACGUGAAUCCUUUAAGCUUUCGCGGAUUGACUCUAGAAGAGUUGUGCAAGCAGAUGGGCCAUUUCAAUUCGAAAGUCAAAAUGAAUGCUAUUCAAGGAUUAAAACAAAUCCUCACAUCACGUCCUGAUCUCGUUAAUAUCCACUUGAGGCUUCUCGUUCCUUGUGUUGCUGUUCAUGUUUCUGAUGCGACAUUUGAACCUCAAACUCGUCAAAAUCUGCUCAAUCUUUACAAAAUUUUGUGCACUGCGUCCACUUCAGCAAUGUCUGCACAUAUAACGCUUUUCUUGGCCCACGUACUUCGCGCUUUGACGAAUAUCGUCACUGAAGUUCGUCAUCUUGCCCUGAAUACUUUGUCUAUCCUGCUCGAUCGAUAUCCUUCUCUUUGCUGUAAUCACGCUGAUCUUUUCCCCUGUUUCAUCAAUUAUCUUGGAAGUUCGAAACGUUUAGCUUGGAAUAAGCCAGGUCUCAUUGAUACAACUCUCAAUUUUAUUAAUGUUUACGAUAUGAAUAGAGAACGAAAAGUGAUCAUCACCAAUGUCGAAGUCAAUUACGAAACUGGAACAGUUGAAGGAACUAUGAAUCUGAAACAGCUCUUCACACAGAACACCGAUUCAAGUCCAUUCGACUUCGGUGUUACUAGUUCUUCAAAAUCUCACACAGUUUCUCCGUUUGAAUUACCAGACGCUCUUCUCAAUCUUUCAGCUGUUCUUGCACCGAUUAUUUCAAAUAUUGUAUUGGAAGACACCGGUGGCCAGUUUUUGACUCAAGGGGUGAAAAUGAUUGAAUCAAUAGUAAGAGGAGCCGAAAAUCAACCGAAUGAUUUUUUGCUUAAAGAUUUCAGAAAGCAAGUUUACGAUUCGAUGUCAACUGUUCGAAUCGCCAUUUCAAAACGACAAGGGAAAAGUGAACGGUUCAAAACUGCAGCUUCGUGGCUCUAUUCCUCUGAUUUCUGA